UGAAUAGCCCAAUAUUAUCCGCUGCACCUAAGGAAGUAAAGUAAGUGUGGAGGCCAGAAAUAUAUCACCAGGGGUUAAAACCCAGCUAAACAAUCAAUUUUACAUUCCCAGGCUCGCCCUUAUCUGAUAGGAAUUUCAGCAUGAUGGCAUUCGAAUUAGAACAUAGGAAUAAUUUCCUAGGUUCUGUUUUAAAUAUUUUAUAAUUUCCCUCGUAUUAACGUCACUGGCAGAGAAAAGAAGAGGAAAAUGAAUAAAUCCUUCAGAAAAACUACGAAGAAGAGAAAGCCUUCGGAUCCUCCGGUCAGCUUUGAACAGCACGUUGAGAGCCACUUUAAAGUGUGCAGAAAUAAGGCCCACAAGGAGGCUAUGAAUGCAUAUCAAAAAUUUCUGAUUAAAAGCAAAGAUGAUGAGCCAACCAGAAAAGUCAAAACUAUGAAAAAACCGAAGAUUAAGUUCAAUAUGCAGAAAGAUAUAAGGAGUAUGAGCACUCUCCAAAACAGUGAGAGUUGUAGUAGCACUGCAGUUACCUCAAAGCCAAACCAGGAAGGGCCUACCGUGCAGAGUAACGAAUCAAAAUUAACAUCCAAACGAAUGUCUUACUCUCCAUUCACCAAGAGAGCUACUAGCCCAAAAAUCACCAAACCGUCUAUAAAAAGAAGUAGAAGGAAGCAGAACAGGAAUGAGUACAUAACAGAGUUGCCCAAAAACGACGCAGUGAACCAAACUUUCCAUAAUAAAGAGUUAACGACCUCCUUGGACUCAUUCAAGAGUUUCAAUACAAUUGCCGACCAAAUCAGCAUAAAGCCUAACAAGUAUGAGAAGUUUAAAAUGGCGCUUGCAAUGAACAGACCUUAUUGCCAAAAGCAGCACAAGAAGCCAUGUCACAAGAUGCUUGCACAGAAGGAUCUUCCCCAAUUUGAGAACUCGGUAGUAAUUCAAGAUAAGAAUGCUCUCGUUGCUGACACGAUAGAAGUUCCUAACAACAAGUACAAAAUAUGCAAACCUAAAUAAAUUAGUAAAGAAGAGGCAUGAAAAUCUUUACGACCCUACUAUGUCUAAAUAAAGUCAUCAUGAAUUUGUAUAAAGCACGAAAUAAUAAAAGCAUGUGAACAAUCUCUGGGAGAAAUGACUCUUUCCAGAAUUGACAUGCAUCUACGCUAUUUCAGAAGGUAACAAGCCAGAUAUCUAAGUCUUUCCAAGAAAUAGAACCACAAAAGACAUCAAGAGUGAAACUUGGAAAUAGUAUCGACCAUGGUGAGACAACAGUUCCUCCGAAGGGCAUGGGCACAUGUCCUUCUAAGAAGUUGUCCUGUGACGGGGCUACAAAGACAUCCCAAAAAAUGCAGGAUAAAUGAAAGCUUCUUGAUAAGGAUAUAUCUCAGCUGAACCAAGAGAUUAUAGCCAAGAAGCAGUCCUUGGUUUCGCUCAAGGAAUCUUUCUGGCUCUGAUCUGCUGAAAAUAAGGUUCUAUCUGAAGUAAUAACCUCAUUACUAGUACAACUUGCUAAUUAAUUUACAUCAAUAAUUCUAAGCAAAA